CAACUGCUGUCAAUACAGGUCUGAGAUUCAUGAAAAAAUGAGCUGCAACCGCUGCCAACGAGAUGCAGUGAUGCCAGAUGACAACCCAAUAGCUGAUUUCAACACUCAGGGUCUUCAGCCCGAACAAGAGGAUAUUGGGGGAUUUGCAGGCGUAGCUGGUUGUCUGCAUACAUUACGAAGCUCGGAGAAACAGAUUGGAGCUCCAAAGGAAGAGGACUUGGCCAGUUGGGGUCAUCAUUUUUCCCCAAAAUCUGUGCCAGAUGUAAUUUUCCAGUCUGCAGCAGGAAACGAGGUUUCUUUUGUUUUCUCUUACCAAGUGGAUGGGAAGCUUGUGCCUGUUGAAUCAACACUAAAACCAAAACAGAAGGUGGAAAAUAGAGAAUUGUCUCAUUUCAAAGAAAAACUUUUGAAAAAGUCCAAUUUUUCAUCUCCACGACGAGCACCAUCAUUGCCAACAUUGUCAUCAAGCAAACAAUCCAGCGAGAAGGAAAAUUCAAUUCAGAAACUGAAUUUGAUAUCGCAAGCUCAAGCGCUGUCAACAUCAACUCCUAAUGAAAUUUCUAUGAGUACAUUACCUGCAUUUUUCAAACCUUUGCAAAAGCCAAGAAGCAAGUUAAAUAGACCUUUAGAGGAUACUAAAAUAAACUUGAAGAACAAAUUCUUUUCCGAGAAUCAUUUGCCCAGAAAGAGAUUAUCUCCCGAUUACAUAGAUGAUGAUGAUUUUGCCUAGGUUUUUGUUCCUUUGCAUUGUUUCCUUCAUAUGUUUCACUUUACCUGGCUACAAUUUAACAAUUUCCGGAGCUAUUAAACCAGUCCUAUAUGUUUCAAUUAUAUCGGGUUCUCAGUAAUGAACCUAAGUAGGUUUUAGUAGAGGCAUUUGAUUGGUGAAAUAUUUACACUGAAGGCAUGGCAAAAAAUUUGAUGGUAUGGACCA